AUGGCAGUUGGGAUGGCCGUGAUGAAGCUUGGGGAGGUUGGCAUCGGCCUGCCAAAUGAGUACACAAUUCACAAGGAGCAUUGCGGAGUGCAUCAUUGCAUCCAACCAGGGCAUUUCAGCUGGGACGGACCCUGGGCCGUUGAUGGCAGCCUCAGGCUGCUGAUGAUGAUGGGGUCUAUUGUCCUUUCGAUCGACACGCUUCUGGUCGCUCUGGCGUUCCCAGAAACCAUCAAGCCCGAGCUGCGCACCAGCACUCGAAAGCUGAUCAUGCAGAACUGGCGGGUGAUUCAACCCUGGAACAACCUUCGCGUCUUUGCCACUCAUGAGCUUCGGCUUCUAAUGUCCAUCCGAACCUUGGGUUAUGUGAUUGCUGCAGGAGGUGGAUCGGUGUACAUGUCCUUCUACCAGCGCUUCCAGUUUGACACUUUUACGAUGAUGACGCACACAGUCCUGGCGGGCACUGCGACGUGGUUGACUACCAUGGCUGUACCGAAGCUGGUGGAUUGCUUUGGAGACAUGCGAGGGGUUUGGAUCCCUGCCAUCGUCAUCUCGCUAGUCUACGGAGUGGCCUGCGGCCUGAUUCCGGCUGACCAGGGAUACCUGGUCUAUGUGAUUUGGCCUUUGCUUGGAGGACCUUCUUUUGCUCUCAACGGCUUCACGCCUGAUUUGAUGGCAAAGCUUGUUCCUGCAGAUGUCCAGGGAACUUUCCAGACUUCGAAAUCCUUUCUCUACCGCCUGACUCAAGCCAUCUUCAUGUGGCCUUGGAACCAGCUCUUCAUGAAUACAUUUUGGUUUCCUUAUCCCAUGGAUGCCACAGCCCUCUGGGUUUCUAUUGGCUUGGGCGUCAUCAUGAUGUCCCUUAUUUGCUACGCGCGCCGCUACGAUCCCUGCGAAGCGAUCAAGAGCGGGAAAGCUUUGGACGCCUUCAUGGCAAGCGACUACGCCAAAAGCAGCUGGUAUCAGAAACACACAGAGGAUGAUAUUCACGAGCCCGAGGCAGCCAGCGCCAGCUCAUCAGGUGGGCAGCCGAUCCAGAUGCUGCAGUACACGGCCACGCUGAGAGACUCGGACAUCGAGCAUUCAGAGGAGAGGCCUGAAGACCCGACGCAUGCGGCACAGAGCUCAGCAUAUGCGGCUUUGGUCUCAGCAGAGGACGGUCAGCAGCAGCAGACUGCCAAACCCCAGGACAUACCGCUAGAUGCCGAGACCAUCCAAGGUCCUACCUUCAAUGGCCUCUCACAGGAGCUGGAGGAGAAGUAUCAAACAACUGUGAAGCGUUUGAAGCAGCAGCUGCAGCAGGAGCAAAAGCAAGCAGCCAAGAUGCGAGCAAUCGCGGACCGUCAGUUCACGGAUCCAUCAGAACUUGAGGCUUUCUUCCUCGAGUGUGUGGACAAGGUGAAGGCGGAUAUUACAGAGCGCCGAAGAGUGGCGCUUGAGCAGAACAAAGCAUUGCGUGCCAGUGGCGAGGUGAAGCCUCGCGGCUAUCCAGAGACUCUUCCGCCUCAAGUUGCAAAACUAGCGCAGGCACCGACUCUGGAUGACUUCACCGUCACCGACAGACGCAAGGUAGUGGAGCUGCUCCUCAGUAGCGAACAAGUUCUUCAGUUUCUGUAUGACAAGCUCUUCCCGCCC